AUGGUAGAAUUUACCUCACCCGUCCUCAGUGAAGAGGAACGUGAAAGACGACGCGAAGCAUUGAGGCAAAAAGCUCGUGCCAUGAUACAGUCUCGGCCUUCCUCUGUCCUAAAGGAUAAGCAGGAACUGCAAAAACUUCAGGAAGAAAUGGAAAGGGCCUUGGCGGAGGAAGAGGAGGAAGAAGAAGAGAAUGAAGAACCGAAACCCAAGAAACCAGAGCCACUUCAAAUUCAAGUGAAACUACCCGGUGGUGAAAGUGUAGAUAUCAAGGUAGCACCUGAUGAUACUGUACCAGACAUUAAGGAAAUUUUGGAAGAUGACCAUGAUUUUCCUAUCGAAGAGCAAGAAUUGUUCAACAACGGCAAAGCUUUGGCCGAUAUGUACUCAGACUUGACGGAUUGCGGCAUUCAAGCUGGCGAUGUCCUUGAACUAAAUCCUCCACCUAUCGAGAUCUUUGUCCAAGCCCAAGAUGGAAAGAAAAUGUCCAUGAAAGUGAUGCCACAUAUUACCAUUGAUCAAUUGAAACAGCAAAUCCAAGAAGAGCACGGAAUUCAAGCCGAUCAAUUAAAACUAGAAUUCAAAGGAAAGUCAUUGCAUGAUUUGAGUGCGUCCCUAACGGUGGAUUGUGAGGUCUUACCCGGGGAUGUGAUUGAUCUUAAACCAGAAGACAUCACGGUACACAUUCAAUUGUACACUGGCCAAAAAUUGCCCGUCACCCUCCCCCCUACUACCAGUGUUGGUGAUCUGAAGAAGCAAGUUCAAGCUGCACACGGAAUUUCUGCCGAUGAGCAAGAAUUGGAGUUUGAUGGGAAGCCGUUGGACAACGAUUUGGCAAGCUUCGUCGAUUGUGGGAUUCAGAAGGAGGCUAUCAUUAAUAUGAAACCACCAGAUAUUAAGAUCUCUGUUGUCAAGCAUGAUGGCAAAAAAUGGUCGUUUGCGGUCAAACCAACCUUUUCUGUUGGAGAAUUGAAGCAGAUGAUCCAAGAGAAGCACGAAGUCCCGGUCGAAAAACAAGAAUUGGAAUUUGAAGGGAAAGAACUCGAUAAUGAUGCCGCAACACUGGAGAAGGAUUAUGGAAUCAAGGCACAAAGCAAAAUUGAUUUGAAACCUUUGGACAUGACAGUGUUUGUCGCCACUCAUGACGGCAAUAAGAUGGCGGUCACUGUCAAACCAACAUACAGCGUCGGACAGUUGACGCAAAUACUGAAAGACGAACAUGACAUUCCGAUCGAAAAGCAUUUCUUGGAAUUCAAGGGCAAAACGUUGGAGGAUCCGGAGGCAAUAUUGGAAAAGGAUUGUAAGGUUAAGCCUGAGAAAGUAAUUGAUUUGAAAUUCAAGGACAUUACUGUCGUAGCCCGAGACCAUGGCGGCGAAACGAUAUCUGUCGAAGUCUCUCCCCUCGGUAAUAUUUUUGAUUUGCAAAUGAAGUUACAGAUGGGGACAUUACUUGCACUGGAAGACCACUUUAUGAUGUUGGAAGGCAAGGCGCUUCCAGAAGAUGGCACUAUCAGCUUGUUGGAUUGUGGCAUUGUCGACGGAUCAGUCAUCGUAUUGGAUCCACGACCGGUUGCUAUUCGUAUCGAGAAUGUAGACGGAACAACGGUAGAAAUGACAAUCUCUCCAAAGGAAUCGGUCGAUGCUGUUCUAGAGAAGUUGGUUCAUGAGCACGGUAUUCCCGUCAAGGAGAAGAAUCAGACCUUAUAUCACGGUGACGAUCCGCUGGAUGACCCAAAUGCCGCUUUGGAAGCUUGCGGCGUUAAAGGUGGCGAGUUGUUGUUCCUGGACGAACCAGAUAUCAUCUUUGAUGUCAUUGUCAUGCCCGGCAGCAACGCCUCAUCGGUCCACAUGAAACCAUCCGAGGCACUGUACUACUUGAAGAAACAGAUCCAAGAGGAACAUGAUAUUCCUUUUAGGUCCCAAGGCCUAGCCAUUGAGGGAAAGGACGACCUAUCGGCAACAAAUCCGGAAUUGAGUUUGGAGGAAUGUGGAAUUGAAGAUGGGGACGUUGUGGUCGCGGAAAGUGUUCCGGACAUUGUGAUGGAAAUCCGAAUCAACGACACAGAUGGCAAGAAGAAGAAGGAACUGAUGUCCAUCAAGGUGAAACACUUUUAUACCGUCGAGAGCCUGCAGUUGCAGUUGCACGAGGACUUCAAAAUUCCCAAAGAGGAGCAGGUUUUGAAAUACGAAGAGAAAGAAUUGGAUGACCCUUUUCAAACUUUCAAGGCCUUGGGAAUUGGUGGCGGAAGCAUUAUUGAUUUGCACCCAUGGCAUAUCCAUGUCAAAACAGAAAAAAAUGAACUGCUCGCUGUUGUUCUUUCCUCUGAUGCUACUGUGGGCGACCUUCAGCAAAGGCUUGCGAUUGAUCACGAGAUUCCUAUUAAGAGGCAGGGUCUUUCUUACAAGGGAGAGACAAUCGACGUCGAUCCAGAAGCACCUUUGGACUCGACUGGAGUUAAGUUUGGCGUCAUUGUAGACCUCAAGAAACUGAAAAAGGACAAGAAGGUUGACGAUGCAGUGAAAUCUCCCAAGCCAAAGAAACGAGACUCCGUGUUGAAAUCUCCGAAGUCCAAGAAGCGAGAUUCCAAAUUGAAGUCUCCGAAGAAACCUCCGAAAUCCAAGAAACGAGAGUCCACUUCAAAGUCUUCCAAGAAGGAUAAGGCAGCAAAAUGA